UUUGGAAAGACGCGAAAACAGGAAAGCAGUUCACAAUUGUUCCUCGUAGCAGAAAUAAAAGCGAAUCUUCUUCUUCUCCAUCGUUCUCUGUCUCUCUAAAACCCUACGGAAUAGAAAGAGAUAUGUGCAUCGAUCCUUCACGUUUGGCAUCGAAGGUCUAAGGCAAAGUACUACAAUUGGUCGAACCGAUCCAUAAUGGUGGGAACCAUCAUGGCUUCUUCGUAUAAGCUUCAAGGUCUCGCGAGAUCCGCCAAAUCAGCCACCGAUUUGCCUCCGAAGCUCCACCGCUUACGCAAUCUGCGUCUGAAUUUGAAAGGAGAUCCCUCCGCUUCUUUCCCCACAGAGCUUCUUCCUCUCCUCUUCGAUCUCCUCUCUGAUCAAUUCGGUGCUGUCCGCAAGUUUGUCGCCGAGAUUCUUGGUGAAAUUGGUUUGAACUAUGUGGAAUUGUUACCUGAGAUAGUUCCCCUUUUGAUCAAGUCUCUCCAAGAUGAUGACACACCAGCUGUGGUCAGGCAGGUCAUCGCUUCUGGAUCUGCUUUAUUCCGUUCCACCCUCCAAAAAUUCGCACUUCAGGGUUUGCAUUCUAGUGAGUUGGAUGAGUUUCUUCAAUCUUCCUGGACAUGGAUGCUUAAGUUCAAGGAUGAAGUAUGCUCUUUGGCUUUCAGGCAAGUAAACAGUGGUGUAAAGUUAUGCGCUAUGAAAUUUGUGGAAGCGCUUAUUCUUUUGUAUACACCUGACCCUAGCGUCUCUUUGGAGUCUCCUUCUCAUCAAGUUACCUGUCCUGCAGGAAUUCAAGCAGAUUUUAAUAUAUCUAUUCUUCGUGGGGGGCAUCCUGUUUUGAAUAUUGGAGACUUGUCGAUUGAGGCCAGCCAGAAAUUGGCUUUACUUCUUGAUCAGCUUAGGCACCCUGCGGCAAAAUCUCUCAAUAGCUCCACGAUUAUUUUUCUUAUCAAUAGUCUUUCAUCAGUUGCAAAGAAACGUCCUGCAUUUUGUGGACGAAUCCUGCCUGUUCUACUGAGCUUGGAUGCCCCAAGCUUUCUCAAAGGAGUGCAUGCAGCAGCAGCAAAUCUUGCCCUCAAGACUGUAUUUCUCUCCUGCUUGGAAUGUACACAUCCGGCUGCUGCACCGUGGAAGGACCGGUUGAUCGGGGCUCUGAAAGAGAUAGAAGGUGGCAGUCGGGCUGAGAAAGCUGAAGAUCUGUUUUACACAACUAACGGAAGCAUUCAAGACAAAGACAGUGUAGAGGAUACGAAGGUAUCAGUGGAAGAUAAUUCUCUCUAUGCAAGUUCUGUUGCUGCGGAAAGUAACUUUGGUAGGAAAAGAUCUGGAUCAGAAUACAGUAUUGAUCUGAAUGGAGAUGCUUUGACUGGAAAACGAUCAAGAAUAACACCUUCUGUGUCAGGAGAAUCUACUGAAGGAUUAAAUGGUAACAGUGUUGGCUCUCUACCUCUGGUUACUUCUACUUCAACUGGACCAAGUAAUAGCAGAGUGAGUGAUACUGGACCUGUUCAGCAACUGGUUGCUAUGUUUGGAGCAUUGGUUGCCCAGGGUGAAAAAGCAAUUGGAUCUCUAGAGAUCCUUAUUUCAAGUAUUUCUGCGGAUUUGCUGGCAGAUGUUGUGAUGGCUAAUAUGCAUAAUAUUCUACUAAAUGGUUCCUCUUAUGCUGAUGGCACCGAUGAGCUGGUGAUGAACAUGUCUAUAGUUGGCAGUGAUGCACAAAAUAAAUAUCCACCAUCAUUUGUGGCUGGUGUUCUUUCACUGUCAACUGCAUUCCCACCAGUUGCUGCCCUGAUAAAUCCUCACACAGCGAAAACGGAAAAUGAAGGUGAAGAACUCUGUGUGAAUCAUGUGGACCAGCAGAUAUUUCCGGCUGUAGAUGCAGUUCUUGCAAGUGGCCUAUCAGCCUCUUCAGUAAAUGAAGAGGGCAGUAUUGAGCUUCCGCCAAAUGUGGAUUACAGAGGGAAUAUAGAAAGUGGUAUACCUGGACUAGAUUCUUCUGCUCAACGUUAUGUGUUAUCAGAAGCCCCUGUUACUUCUGUAUUGGGUUCUACAAAUGUGGAGGCCGCCAGCAAGAACCAAGAUGUGACUGUCAGUGGAGAACUUCUAGUCGCUGUGAUUCCAUCAGCGUCAGUGGAUAAGUCGGAGGAGUUUAGUCCAAAGGCGACUGGCAUAGGUUCUAACAUCUUGGUUUCCUCAACGGCAACUUCACUUGCUUCUGCGCCUCAGUUUGUCUUGCCUAAGAUAUCAGCACCUGUUGUCAACCUUUCUGAUGAAGAGAAAGACAGUUUGCAGAAGCUGGUGUUUUUGCGCAUUGUUGAAGCAUAUAAACAAGUAUCAAUGUCUGGUGGCUCACAACUUCGCUUUUCUCUUCUUGCUCACUUGGGAGUUGAGUUUCCUUCAGAGUUGGACCCUUGGAAAAUGUUACAGGAACACAUUCUCUCUGAUUAUUUGAGUCAUGAGGGACAUGAGUUGACUGUGCGGGUACUCUACAGGCUAUACGGGGAGGCAGAAGCAGAACAAGAUUUCUUCUCGUCAACUACUGCUGCGUCUGCAUAUGAAAGUUUCUUGGUGGCUGUGGCUGAAGCACUUAGAGAUUCUUUUCCACCGUCUGAUAAAUCAUUAAGUAAAUUGCUCGGAGAUUCUCCAUUUCUGCCGAAAUCAGUUCUGAAGUUGUUGGAAUCGUUUUGCUGUCCUGAAAGUGGUGACAAGGUUGAAAAGGACUUACCUAGCGGAGACCGUGUUACUCAAGGUCUCAGUGCUGUUUGGAGUCUGAUUUUAACGAGACCUGGAAUCCGGAAUGAGUGCCUGAAGAUCGCUUUGCAGAGUGCUGUUCAUCACUUGGAAGAGAUUCGCAUGAAAGCAAUCCGCCUGGUGGCAAACAAGCUCUAUUCUUUAUCAUUCAUUACACAACAGAUUGAGGACUUUGCAAAGGACAAGCUAUUUUCCGUAGUGAGUUGCAUUUCUUCAGAGAAAGGAGGUGCUGAAACAUUGAGCAAUGAUUGUGUAAAGCCGGUGAUCGGUGCGGGAAUGGAACCGUCCUCAGAAGCAACAUCAGCAACUUCAGUAACCGAAGCCCAACGCUGCUUGUCACUCUAUUUUGCACUAUGUACCAAGAAGCACGCCCUUUUUGUCCAUGUGUUCAGCAUUUACAAAGAUGCAUCAGAUCCUGUUAAGCAGGCUAUCCAUCGUCAAAUCCCAAUACUAGUUCGUACUAUGGGCUCAUCAUCUGAGCUUCUUAAAAUUAUAGCAGACCCGCCGAGUGGAAGUGAGAACCUUCUAAUGCAGGUCCUUCAAACCCUUACUGAGGGGGCUAAGCCUUCUUCAGAGUUGAUACACACUAUAAGAAAGUUGUUUGAUACAAGAAUAAAGGAUGUAGAAAUUAUUUUCCCAAUAUUGCCGUUCCUGCCGAGAGACGAUGUUCUACGUGUUUUCCCCCAUAUGGUCAAUCUUCCUAUGGAGAAAUUCCAAGUCGCACUCUCUCGUGUCCUGCAGGGAUCAUCUCAGUCUGGUCCAGUGCUUACUCCAUCGGAAGUUUUAAUUGCUAUCCAUAGCAUUGACCCAGCGAGAGAUGGAAUACCGCUUAAACAGGUAACAGAUGCAUGCAAUACCUGUUUCGCACAGAGGCAGACAUUCACUCAACAGGUUUUAGCAGGCGUUCUGAAUCAACUGGUCCAGCAAAUUCCACUGCCGAUGUUAUUCAUGCGGACAGUUCUACAAGCUAUCGGUGCUUUUCCAGCUCUGUCCGACUUCAUCCUGGAGAUCCUUUCUCGUCUCGUUAGCAAACAGAUAUGGAAAUAUCCGAAACUGUGGGUAGGAUUCUUGAAAUGUGCACAGUCAACACAGCCUCAAUCAUACAAGGUCUUACUACAGCUUCCUCCAACUCAGCUGGGAAAUGCAUUGACUAAAGUUUCUGCCUUAAGAGCUCCUCUGGCCGCGCAUGCCAGCCAGCCAGAUAUUCAGUCUUCACUUCCAAGAUCUACAUUGGCUGUUCUUGGACUUGUCCCUGAUUCUCAGGGAACACAGACGAGUCAAGUACAAGCGAGUGAAACACAAGAGAGUCAAGUACAAGAGAGUCAAGUGCAAGCGAGUGAGACACAAGAGAGUCAGGUGCAAGCGAGUGAAACACAAGAGAGUCAGAUGCAAGCGAGUGAAACACAAGAGAGUCAGAUGCAAGCGAGUGAAACACAAGAGAGUCAGAUGCAAGCGAGUGAGACACAAGAGAGUCCGGGAGAGCAGCAAGCAAGCGAGUCGCAAGAGCAAACGAGCCAGUCUCAGCAAGUCUCUGUACCAUUGAGUCACUCUGAAACAGAUAUUAAUCAGGAAAUCAGUCAGGUGGUUGCCAGUCAUUCUCAAAGCAGUCCUAUUGGUACGGGCCGGUCAGAUACGAGUCAGUCUCAGAGCAGUCCCGUUGGUGCGGGGCAGUCUGAAAUGAGUCAGACCACCCAUGUGUCGGACUCGGAUCCUCCUCCAGCACCAACGAGCCACACCCAUACAUCAUCAGAUUCUCAAGUGUCGGACCAGAGAGAGCCCGAUGAUGAGAAGAUGGAGGACACGGCAACCUCAGAAAAUGAGAGGUCCGAAGCUGAGAAGUCAAAGGAGUCUUCUGCAGAAGAAGAAGACCGAGUGUAACCUUCUCCGACAUGUAUUGGUAGCAUUUUUUUAAAAGGAUUUUAUUUUAUUUUAAAUGAAUUUUGUAGAAUUAAACUAAAGAUGUCACUGUAUCAUUAGCGAUUGUAAUGUUUUCUUGAUUCAAAGACUAAUAAAAAGAAGAAAAUAAAUAGACACGGAUGAGAUUGCUUCA